CCUUAAAUCUUUAAUAUCUAGGGCCGUAAAUAAAAAAAUAAAAAAAAAAGAUUUAGAAGUUUGGAAUUUACGAGUGAAAUAUUUAUUUAGAAAUUAAAUGAAAAUCUACUAAAAUGGGAACCGAAGUGGCUUUAUCAUUUAGUUCUUUGCGAGCUCAACUAGAGAGCGAAAAAAGUAGUUUGUUCAAAAUAGAUGAAAAUAUAAAGAAAAUCGUUCAAACAUCCGGAAGAUUCACGGAUAGAUUUAACGCGUCGACGGACUACACGCGAGGCGGCUCGCGGGUCGGCGGGCGGAACUCCUACCCAGACGCCGGCCACAACUACAGAAAUGAUGAGCAACCCAAACGGAAACACGAAACCAAAACUGUGUUUAGCAGAUUAUCAGGGCGUGCGCACGACAGUGAUGGUGAAGACGAGGGGGUGCCGAAGCGCGCGCGCGUGCCGUCGGCUGUGUGCCGCGAGCUGCCGUCGCGCGCUUCCGUGCUGCGCGCGCAGGGCGAUGACGAGCAGGCGCGCACAAGGAAUAGGCGUAUCUUUGGAUCACUGCUCGGCACGCUGCAGAAGUUCAAGCAGGAGGAGAUUGUACUGCAGACUAAGGAGGACAAGAAGGCUCAAGUGGAAAGAAAGAUAGAAGAGCAGGCGAGACAAGAAAAGGAAAGAGAACUGAAGGAAAGAAAAACUUUAUUUGCAGAGCGGGAACACAAGAAGGCAACUAUCAAGGCUCUGGAGGCGAAGAUGGCGCGCCUGCAGGAGUUCGAGCGCUGGGAGGCGGCACACGGCUGUCUGGGCAACUUCAUACUGUGCAAGGCCAAGCCUAGUGUCUACUGGCUGCCUAAAAAGAUGUCUGAAAAAGCUCAGGAAAAGUUGGAUGAGAGUAAAAAAUAUCACGAAAAAUAUUUAUCGCGCAAACGCCAAGAACUGCAAGAAGAGUUGCGCAGAAUAGAACAGAAGUGUCUCCGGCCUCGCGGCUUCGCUGCCAAAGAGAACGCGCAGGAUGCCUUCCAUGAGGGCGGGGGGGCAGGGGCAGCGGCCGCCGACGACGAGCGCACCAGCAAGAGAGACAAGUUCGCGAUGGACGUGGAUGAGAAGGAGAGAGAGGACAGUGACGGGGAGGAGAGGCCAGAGGGUGUCGAAGCUAUCAAAGAGGAGAAAGAAUCGGAUCAAAGUAAAAUGGAUACAAGUGUUGAGCAGAAUGUGUCAAUGGAAACUGAUGAUGUAAAGAAUGAACAGGUCCAUACAAACGACACUGGUGACACUCGCGACACUGCUGCUACUGAAUCUAGUGACACUCGCGACUCUGUUGCUGAGCCUAGUGCCGCUCAGGACAUCGCUGCGACUGAACCCAGUGUUGCUAGCACUCAAGACACUGAAGACGAUACAAAAGAGACCUAAUGUGUUGUAAAGGUGUAGCUAAAUAUUUCAACCGAUGCCUGUCCGUACUGGUUUUAUGCAGGAGCAUUCAUAGACCCCAAGCCAACGCCAGUGUUGGAUUAUCUUCAUUGUGUCGACUAACAGUGUCUGCUAGUGCACCAACCAUCAUAUAGGGACUGUGACGUUCAUUGGUUCUUUGAGCUAUGUACAUUUCAAAACAAAAAGCUAGAUCUAUUUGGGAUUUCCUAAUAUUUUGACAGUACAUUAACAAUUUUUUGUUUGUAGUGAAUAUUGGACUAAUUUUAAAAAAUAUUUCACUAGUGAGAAGCUACAUAACAUGUUAUAUUUUGUACCAUGGAAUCAGGAUCUAUGUGGAUGAAACCAAGGGGGGUUUGCUAGUGUUGUUGCAACAUAAGAUCAGAAGUAUAAAGGCUUAUUGUGUCGUGUUGUGACGCAUGAGAACAGAAUUGGUAUUAUACAUUUUGUAUGAAAUUAAAUAUCACGUGUCUCAAUCGGUGAAGGAAAACAUCGUGAGGAAACCUGCAUACCAGAGAAUUAUCUUAACUCUCUGCGUGUGUGAAGUCUGCCAAUCCGCAUUGGGCCAGCGUGGUGGACUACUGGCCUAACCCCUCUCAUUCUGAGAGGAGACUCGAGCUCAGCAGUGAGCCGAAUAUGGGUUGAUGCCGUAUGGCAAUGUUUACACUAAUGUGUUUUGACAUGUCACAAUCGCUUCUGAUGUGCCACAAAUGUAUGAUACCGAUUCUGUUCGGAGGCGUCACGACACGACACGUCAGACAAAUAUAAGCUGAUGUCACACUGACGCAUCAGUCAUGGUUUUUUGUUAGAAACCUUGUUAGAGUCAUGGUAUAAGAUCUUUAUAUUUACAAUAGUUACCUGUUCUCUACUUCUAGAUCAAUUUAGAAGAUACAAUUGUAUAUUUAAAUUGAUCAAACGGCAACAUGAGUCAGUUUGUAGCUCCGCCGAAUACAAUCUAUUCUUAAUCGUGAGGAAUGACAAACAAGUUAAUAAAAAAAAUUGUAAAAUUGACUCUUUAUAAUAAUUAAAAUGUAAUAUUAUAUAUUAUUUAGCCAUACAUGUAACAAUUUGCUUGUGUAAUCUUCACAUAGUACCUAUAAAAGAAAGUCACUUGUUUGUAUGCUUAGAUAUUUUAAACUAUGCAACUUUUAAUGCAGUUUUCAGCAAUAGAUAGAUAUUCUAAUAGGUUUAUACUAGUAUAAUGAAAAAAUGUCAUGUUAGGUUUCUACACAGACAAUUUCGGGAUUCAGGCUAGUACUUGAAGACAAACACAAAGGACAAUGGUCUAUUUCCAAACAAAUUUUUGCUGACAUUUUUUUUAAGCGUCUACGAAUGAAAAAAAUAUAAAAUGAUAGAUAAUUAUUUUCUUAACAAUUUAUUCUUAUGGUUUAAUAUUAUGUGAAGUCUGGAAUUCGAGAUAUUUAUGUUUGAAGUUUUAGAGGUUAUGUUUUGUCAACAACGAAUAGAGACCUACUUUUUAAAUUGAAGUCUUAAUUAUUCCACGAUUAUGAAGCCGGGUAUUUUGGUUCGAUCGAAGAACAUAAAAAGUAGGUUUGAUCCCCAUUUUUCUCUUAGACAUGGAUAAUAUACAUACUUUAUAAAAAUUAAUAUAAUUAAAUCUAAAAAUCAACGUGGAAUUUAAUACAAUAGUGUUUUAAGUCAGUAGUUUAGCGGGAGAAUCGGUGUCCAUAAACAUAAGCGGUCGUUAAAAAAGAAUGUAGGUACAGAAAAUCAUUUGAUAAGUAUCGGAAAAAUGCAACAAGAUUUACAAGACGCUUAAGUACGCAAACAACGAAAUUACGACGCGAUGUGACAACUGACUUACAGUUCACAGUUGAAUUGAUAGUGCAUGACUUGUCAUAGGUACACGUAAAAGUAUCGAUACUUUAUAGUAUCGAUUAAUGAUUAUCGAUCUCCUUUCGAUACUGUUAUUUUUGUAAUCAAUAAGUAAUCUUCAGGAAAUUACUUACUAUUUUUACUUUUAUUUAAAAUCAUGUCGAACAUACUUAAACAAUAAAUACGUUUGUAAACACUUGUUCCUUUCCUUUGAUUAUUAAAAUAUAUCAUAUGGCUUACUGUUGUUAAUAAUUGUUAUUAACAUGUUUGACUAUUACAUUUUGGUUAUUUUAUUACUUAAAUGUAAAAUGCCGCCAAAUAAGAGUGAACUUUAGCAGUAUUUUGUCAUGAUUAGAAAUAAGUAAUUUAAAUUAAAUAGGUGUACCUAUUGCAUUUAAAUUAAUUACUAUUUCUUGUUUGAAAAUCAAAAUAUUUUAUAUAUAUUUCAAAAUAAUUAUAUUAAUUCGUCAUUAAUAUUAGUUUAUAUGUUUGUUCUACUGAAAUUAAACUGAUGUCAUUGAAUACGUGUAGUUCAGUGACGAUAUUUUAUUCGAUUCGAUACUGGCUUUUCGGUAUCGUGCGCGUCCUUAGUUGUCCGAUAUAUGCAAUAUUCGUAUAAAUAGUAUGGUUGCCAUACUCAAUUAUUUAAAUGUAAUUGAUGUGAAUAUAUUUUAGUUUUUGGGCUUAAUUAGACCUUUUGCUCUGUUUCAUAAAAUUAAAUAAAUUAUUUUCUACAAACUGUAAUAGUUUACAUUAGUAGACGCUUAUGAAUUCUAUCAACAAACACCAGACCAUUGUCCUUUGCACUUUAUCUUCCAAUAUUUCUUACAAUAUACUUGUGCAAAUGGCAACUAAAGUAAGUUGUUAUGUGUACGGCUAUCCUUAGUUACUAUAAGUGGUUUGUCCAAUCAAUAAAAGGUGAAUGAAACUG